AAUGUGGGAAGUCUUAUGUAUCCUUUUGAUUUAAAGAAAAUAUUGGUACUAUGUUGUGUACAGCCACAGAGAUGAGCUUUGCUAUGAAAUUUAUUGUGAACAUGGGUAACCUGGUUUGUUACACCUUUUACAGAGAGAAGGAGCAAGAAAGGGAAGAACAGUUAAUGGAAGACAAGAAAAGGAAGAAAGAGGAUAAAAAGAAAAAAGAAGCCACUCAGAAGGUCACAGAACAAAAAACCAAAGUGCCCGAAGUGACGAAACCAAGUUUAAGCCAACCAGCGGCCGCCAGCCCCAUUGGCAGCUCUCCAUCGCCACCAGUCAAUGGUGGCAACAAUGCCAAAAGGGUGGCAGUGCCUAACGGACAACCGCCAAGCGCCGCCCGCUACAUGCCUCGGGAGGUGCCACCGCGAUUCCGUUGCCAGCAGGACCACAAAGUGUUACUAAAACGUGGACAGCCCCCUCCACCGUCCUGCAUGCUCCUCGGGGGUGGAGCAGGGCCUCCUCCCUGCGCAGCACCUGGAGCAAACCCAAACAACGCACAAGUGACAGGAACGCUGCUGCAGAGUGAGAGUGGGACUGUACCAGAGUCAACCCUUGGAGGUGCUGCUGCUUCAAAUUAUGCAAAUUCCACUUGGGGCCCGGGAGCCUCCUCCAACAACGGCACCUCCCCCAACCCAGUUCACAUCUGGGACAAGGUGAUUGUAGACGGGUCUGACAUGGAAGAGUGGCCUUGUAUUGCCAGCAAAGACACUGAAUCUUCUUCCGAAAACACCACCGAUAACAACAGUGCCUCGAACCCUGGCUCUGAGAAGAGCACUCUGCCAGGAAGCACCACUAGUAACAAAGGCAAAGGGAGCCAGUGCCAGUCUGCAAGUUCUGGGAACGAAUGUAAUCUUGGGGUCUGGAAAUCUGAUCCUAAGGCUAAAUCUGUUCAAUCUUCCAGCUCUGCUUCAGAGAGCAACAAUGGACUAGGAAAUUGGAGGAAUGUGAGUGGGCAAGAUAGAAUUGGACCUGGCUCUGGCUUCAGCAACUUUAACCCAAAUAGCAACCCAUCUGCUUGGCCAGCCCUGGUCCAAGAAGGAACUUCUAGGAAAGGGCCAUUGGAAACAGAUAGUAGUAAUUCCAGUGCACAAGUUAGCACAGUAGGUCAGGCAUCCAGGGAGCAGCAUUCAAAGAUGGAAAAUGCGGGUGUUAAUUUUGUUGUCUCUGGCAGAGAACAGGCUCAAAUUCAUAACACUGAUGGACCAAAAAAUGGAAACACUAACUCCUUGAACUUAAGUUCACCAAACCCCAUGGAAAAUAAGGGAAUGCCCUUUGGAUUGGGCUUGGGGAACACCUCCAGGAGCACUGACACCCCUUCACAAAGCACUGGAGAUCGAAAGACUGGGAGUGUUGGAUCUUGGGGUGCAGCUAGGGGGCCUUCUGGAACUGACACAGUCUCUGGACAAAGCAAUUCUGGAAACAAUGGGAACAAUGGAAAAGACAGAGAGGACUCCUGGAAAGGAGCUCCUGUUCCAAAAUCAACUGGGUCAAAAAGUGACUCUUGGGACAACAAUAACCGGUCUACGGGUGGGUCCUGGAACUUUGGCCCUCAGGACUCUAAUGACAACAAAUGGGGUGAAGGGAACAAAAUAACAUCUGGGGUCUCUCAGGGAGAAUGGAAACAGCCGACUGGGUCUGAUGAGUUGAAAAUUGGAGAAUGGAGUGGUCCAAACCAACCAAAUUCUAGCACUGGAGCAUGGGACAAUCAAAAGGGCCACUCUCUCCCUGAAAACCAAGGCAAUGCCCAGGCUCCCUGUUGGGGAAGAUCUUCCAGCUCCACAGGAAGUGAAGUUGGAGGUCAAAGCACUGGAAGCAACCACAAAGGAGGAAGUAGUGACAGUCAUAAUUCUGGCCGUCGGUCAUACCGGCCCACACAUCCUGAUUGUCAGGCUGUCUUGCAGACUCUUUUGAGCCGAACUGAUUUGGACCCCCGGGUGCUCUCAAACACUGGCUGGGGCCAAACUCAAAUUAAGCAGGACACAGUGUGGGAUAUUGAAGAGGUGCCAAGGCCUGAGGGAAAAUCUGACAAAGGAACAGAGGGGUGGGAGAGCGCUGCCACACAGACCAAGAACUCAGGGGGCUGGGGAGAUGCACCCAGCCAAAGCAAUCAAAUGAAGUCUGGAUGGGGGGAGCUCUCAACCUCUACAGAGUGGAAGGACCCCAAGAACACAGGAGGCUGGAACGACUAUAAGAACAACUCUUCCAACUGGGGAGGAGGACGACCAGAUGAAAAGACACCAUCAUCUUGGAAUGAGAAUUCCAGCAAAGAUCAGGGGUGGGGAGGUGGACGCCAGCCGAACCAAGGAUGGACUUCUGGGAAGAAUGGUUGGGGAGAGGAAGUUGAUCAAGCAAAAAAUAACAAUUGGGAAAGUUCUACAAGUAAGCCUGUGUCUGGGUGGGGUGAAGGAGGGCAGAAUGAAAUUGGAACUUGGGGGAAUGGUGGGAAUGCAAACCUAUCUUCAAAAGGUGGGUGGGAAGAUUGCAAAAGAUCCCCUGCAUGGAAUGAGACAGGCAGACAGCCCAAUUCCUGGAAUAAACAACACCAACAGCAGCCACAGCCGCAACAGCCACCACCACAGCCAGAAGCUUCUAGUUCAUGGGGAGGCCCACCCCCACCACCUCCAGGCAGUGUUCGACCUUCCACCUCCAACUGGAGCAGUGGGCCCCAGCCUGCAACCCCUAAGGAUGAGGAACCCAGUGGUUGGGAAGAGCCAUCCCCACAGUCAAUUAGUCGGAAAAUGGAUAUCGAUGAUGGCACUUCAGCUUGGGGAGACCCUAAUAGUUAUAACUAUAAGAACGUGAACCUGUGGGAUAAGAAUUCCCAAGGGGGCCCAGCACCUCGAGAACCAAACCUGCCCACCCCAAUGACCGGAAAGUCAGCAUCAGUCUGGAGCAAAAGCACACCACCUGCUCCAGAUAAUGGAACUUCAGCUUGGGGCGAACCGAAUGAAAGCAGUCCUGGGUGGGGUGAAAUGGAUGAUGCCGGAGCAUCGACCACAGGCUGGGGGAACACACCCACCAAUGCUCCCAAUGCCAUGAAACCCAAUUCCAAAUCUAUGCAAGAUGGCUGGGGGGAGAGUGACGGGCCAGUCACUGGAACUCGACAUCCCAGCUGGGAAGAGGAGGAGGAUGGAGGAGUCUGGAAUACCGCCGGCUCUCAGGGAAGCACGUCCUCCCACAAUUCUGCAAGCUGGGGACAAGGAGGAAAAAAACAAAUGAAGUGCUCACUGAAAGGAGGAAACAAUGAUUCAUGGAUGAAUCCUCUUGCCAAACAGUUUUCAAAUAUGGGAUUGCUGAGUCAAACUGAAGAUAAUUCAGGCAGCAAAAUGGAUUUGUCUGUAGAUAAGAAAUUUGAUGUGGACAAACGAACAAUGAAUCUCGGGGAUUUUAAUGAUAUCAUGAGGAAGGAUCGAUCUGGGUUCCGUCCACCUAAUUCCAAAGACUUGGGAACCACAGACAGUGGGCCUUAUUUUGAGAAGCUGACUUUGCCUUUCUCCAAUCAAGAUGGGUGCCUUGGGGAUGAGGCUCCCUGCUCUCCCUUCUCCCCUUCUCCCAGCUACAAGCUGUCUCCCUCUGGUUCCACACUACCCAACGUCAGCCUUGGAGCAAUCGGCACAGGGCUCAACCCCCAAAACUUCGCUGCUAGACAAGGCAGCAAUCACGGUUUGUUUGGAAACAGCACAGCACAAUCGAGAGGCCUGCACACUCCAGUGCAGCCGCUGAGUUCUUCUCCUGGUCUCCGGGCACAAGUGCCUCCCCAGUUUAUCUCCCCCCAGGUUUCUGCCUCAAUGCUCAAGCAGUUUCCCAACAGUGGCCUGAAUCCAGGUCUUUUCAAUGUGGGGCCCCAGUUAUCUCCUCAACAAAUCGCCAUGCUGAGCCAGCUUCCACAGAUUCCUCAAUUUCAGUUGGCAUGUCAGCUUCUCCUGCAGCAGCAGCAGCAGCAGCAGUUGCUACAAAACCAGAGAAAGAUUUCUCAAGCAGUGCGCCAGCAGCAAGAACAGCAGCUGGCCCGAAUGGUGAGUGCUCUCCAACAGCAGCAGCAGCAGCAGCAACAGCAACAGCAGCAGCAGCGACAACCUAGCAUGAAGCACUCACCAUCUCAUCCUGUUGGGCCUAAGCCACAUUUGGACAACAUGGUACCCAACACAUUGAAUGUGGGUCUCCCAGACCUUCAGACCAAAGGGCCAAUCCCUGGAUAUGGUUCUGGCUUCACAUCUAGUGGCAUGGACUAUGGCAUGGUUGGUGGCAAAGAAGCUGGCACUGAGUCUCGCUUCAAACAGUGGACCUCCAUGAUGGAAGGGCUGCCCUCUGUGGCCACACAAGAAGCCACCAUGCACAAAAAUGGCGCUAUAGUGGCUCCUGGUAAGACCCGAGGAGGGUCACCAUACAACCAGUUUGAUAUAAUCCCAGGUGACACGCUGGGUGGCCAUACGGGUCCUGCUGGUGAUAGCUGGUUGCCUGCCAAAUCUCCACCAACAAAUAAAAUCGGAAGUAAAUCCAGCAAUGCCAGUUGGCCUCCAGAAUUCCAACCAGGAGUGCCAUGGAAAGGUAUCCAAAAUAUUGACCCUGAAUCUGACCCCUAUGUGACCCCAGGAAGUGUGCUGGGGGGUACAGCCACAUCUCCCAUUGUAGAUACCGACCACCAACUGCUGCGGGAUAACACCACAGGGUCUAAUUCUUCCCUCAACACCUCGCUGCCUUCACCUGGUGCCUGGCCCUACAGUGCCUCUGACAACUCCUUUACCAACGUUCAUAGCACUUCAGCAAAGUUCCCUGAUUAUAAAUCCACGUGGUCCCCAGAUCCUAUAGGACACAACCCCACUCAUCUCUCCAACAAGAUGUGGAAAAAUCACAUCUCCUCCAGGAACACUACACCGCUGCCCCGUCCACCCCCUGGCCUAACCAAUCCGAAACCGGCAUCUCCCUGGAGCAGCACAGCACCCCGAUCAGUCAGGGGGUGGGGGACACAGGACUCUCGGCUUGCCUCGGCUUCUACCUGGAGUGAUGGUGGUAGCUCUGUUCGUCCUAGUUACUGGCUGGUUCUUCACAAUCUCACUCCACAGAUUGAUGGGUCAACCUUGAGAACGAUCUGCAUGCAGCAUGGUCCACUGCUGACAUUCCAUCUGAACCUAACCCAGGGCACUGCCCUGAUCCGAUACAGCACCAAACAAGAGGCAGCCAAGGCCCAGACUGCACUGCACAUGUGUGUGUUGGGAAACACUACCAUCCUGGCCGAGUUUGCCACUGAGGAUGAAGUUAGCCGCUUUCUGGCACAAGCUCAGCCCCCUACACCUACAGCAACCCCGAGCGCACCAGCCACAGGGUGGCAGUCACUAGAGACCAGCCAGAACCAGUCAGACCCCGUGGGACCUGCGCUGAACCUUUUCGGUGGGUCCACCGGGCUCGGGCAGUGGAGCAGCAGUGCUGGUGGCAGCAGUGGGGCUGAUCUCGCUGGCGCUUCAUUGUGGGGCCCCCCAAACUAUUCUUCUAGCUUGUGGGGAGUCCCAACGGUGGAAGAUCCCCAUAGGAUGGGCAGCCCUGCUCCUUUACUACCUGGUGACCUUCUGGGAGGAGGGUCGGAUUCAAUCUGAACUUAGAACUUUCAACUCUGACCUCGUGACCUUUUUGGAACAGCAGCAGCACUAACUUGACCUUUUCGUUUUUUUUUUCAACUUGCAAUAAAUACAUUUUUAAAAGGAAAAAAGAAAACGGAGAGAGAAAAAAAAAAAAGGUGGGUCAUUGACAGACUGUCUGAGCACAUAGUUGCCUCCCUUAUAACUUCAGUUUUUUCGUUUGGAAUAUGAAUCCAAAAAGAGAACAUAUCACUCUUGAAAUACUUGAAUCAUGAACGCCAACCUAGAAAGACAAUGUGAAGCAAGUACACAUACCAUUUAAAUUUAAACACAAAAAAUUAAAAAAAUUAGUUUCUAGUUUUUCACUUUUUUCAUGUUAUAUGGAAGUUGUUGCUAAGAAACAUAUAUACUGAAAAAAAAAUAGCUUUUUAACUUUGUUUGCACUGGGUGUGUUUCCGUCCUUAGGUCUACCAUGUUUGGGUGGGAGGGAAAUUCAAAAGAAUUGUUGGGGGAGGGGGAGGGAAGACUUGACGGAGCCUCACUUUAAAACAAAACACAAAAAAACU